GUUAAAGGUGCUUCCUGUGUGCGUCCUGUUGAGUGCACGGUGUGAGUGCAGAGGGGGGAAGGGGGCAGUGUGCUGGGGGGUUUUGGUUUUAGUUUUAACAGAAGCUUGGGCUGCUUUUUUUCCGUGGGGGUGUGGAAGUCCGUUGUGAAGAUGUCAGCGGGGUGUGAGAAGUCCACCAGCCGGGCCAUCCCCACCACCAGGCGGGUGACAGUGCACGACGCGGCGCACCUGCCCCAGGAUUACUGCACCACCCCGGGAGGGACCCUGUUCAGCACGACCCCCGGAGGUACCAGGAUCAUCUAUGACCGCAAGUUCCUACUGGACUGUCGUAGCUCCCCAGUGGCUCGGACACCUCCCCGCUGCCUUCCUGACAUUCCAGGGGUCACCAGCCCUCCUUCUGCAACUAUGAAUAACAAUAGGACCCAUGAAGGACAGACAGAGAACAACAAUGCCACCAUCCCUACAGAUAAAACUGCAGGGGAAGACGCACAGUUCGAGAUGGACAUCUAACCUGCUGUUCAAAACUGAUGAGGGAGAAAAGUGAAGACAACACUGUUGACUAAUGUGCUAAGAGUGAAGGACAA